GCAAUAGACCAGUCGAUCUUUACGGUUCGUACAGUACUAAGCUUGUAUAUAACCAAGUUGCACGCGUUUACGAACCAGUAGACACCUUACACCAAGCCGCUGUGAUCCGUUCUCGGAGUUAACUCAAUCAAGUGUGAAUCAAAUGUUGAAUACAAUGAAGAGCUUAAUCGUCCACAGUGUUAUAUUACCAUUAUUACUCAUCACACAAUGCAGUGCUCGUGUCGUUUUAAACAACUACAUGGCGGACAGAAUACGCUUCCUCGAGGAAGAGAACAAUUUACAUCUAGGAAGCGCGCUAAAACUAACCGAAGAAGAAAAGAGAGCAAACGAAAUCCUAAUGUAUUGGAAGAACAAAGAAAUCGAAGAAUCUUUCGGGAACUCCACAAGAUUUAGACUGUCGAACCAUUUCUUCUCAUACAAAAAAGAAAUAAGCAAAUCUAAAGUGUAUCAAAUGAUAAGGAGGAUGCCAAAAGGCGCAGCGUUACAUAUACACGCUUCUAUGAUGCUAGAUGCAGACAGUUUAUUGGAAUUGACAUAUGAGGACCACUUAUACGCUUGCUUCGCGGACGACGGUCUAAAAUUACACUUCUCGGGUACCGUACCCUCACAGUCGUGUCCUGUUAAUUGGAACCUCCUCAAAGAUCUGAGAGAAGCGUCCGAUGACGUAGAACAAUUUGAUGCAGAGUUAAGAAAGCACUUUUCUCUGUAUACUGAAGGCGAUGAUUUAUUGAAUGCUGAUAUUAAUGACAUUUGGGAGAAAUUUAACAAGGUAUACAGAACAACCAAAUAUUUAAUCACAUACAGACCGAUCAGAGAGAAAUAUUUUUACAAAGCUUUGGAGAACUUUUACAAUGACAAUAUUAUGUAUGUAGAAAUAAGAAGCGGCUUACAUAAUAUUUACGAGCUAGACGGCACGACGCAUGACUCACUUUAUCUCGCUCAACUGUACGAGAGAAUAACAAAAAGAUUUAUAGAAGAGCAUCCUGAUUUUAUUGGGAUCAAAUUAAUUUUGACUACCGGACGUUGGAAGACUAUAGAAGAGGUUCGGCAUUCAAUAGCAACUGCUAAAGAAUUGAAGGCCAUUAUGCCAAAUUUUUUCGCUGGGUUCGAUUUGGUAGGACAAGAAGAUAAAGGAAAACCACUCAAAGAAUUUCUUCCCGCCUUGAUUGAAGCAAAGAAUGAAAUAGACUUUUAUUUCCAUGGUGGUGAAACGAACUGGUUUGGAACGAGCAGUGAUGAGAAUUUAAUUGAUGCCGUGUUGUUGGGAUCUAAGCGAGUGGGUCACGCGUACGCUCUGUUGAAGCAUCCGACGCUGUUAGGGACCAUAAACCUAAAAAACGUAGUGUUAGAAGUGAAUGUGAUAUCAAAUGUCGUUUUAUCGUUAGUGAGAGACGUAAGAAAUCACCCGUUGGCAUCUUACUUGGCUUUGGGUUACCCAGUAGUGUUAUCUAGUGAUGAUCCGGGAGCAUGGGACGCUGAUCCACUCUCCCAUGAUUUUUACGUCACCUUCGUUGGUGUUGCCAGUAAACACGCCGAUUUGAGAAUGCUCAAACAGUUGGCUUUAAAUUCCAUUCGUUACAGCGCUUUAGAUGAUGAUGAUGUAAGAAAAACAAGAUUUUAUGACGUUUUUAAUGAGAAGUGGGAUAUCUUCGUGAAGAAAAUUAUAGAAAACGGUUUUUAAUUCGUGUUUUAUAAAAAAAAUGUAAAUAGUUUGUCAAAGAUUAUUAUGUAAGUAGCCCAAUUAAGUUUCUAAUAUACCUAACCUAG